AUGAAUAACCGGAAGGAAGACAUGGAGAUCGCGUCCCACUACCGGCAUCUGCUUCGUGAACUCAACGAGCAAAGGCAUCACGGCGUGCUUUGUGACGUGUGCGUUGUCGUCGAAGGCAAGGUCUUCAAGGCACACAAGAAUGUGCUGCUUGGGAGCAGCCGCUACUUCAAGACACUCUACUGCCAGGUUCAGAAAACAUCUGACCAGGCCACAGUCACCCACCUGGACAUCGUCACAGCCCAAGGCUUCAAGGCCAUCAUCGAUUUCAUGUACUCGGCCCACUUGGCACUGACCAGCAGGAACGUCAUCGAGGUCAUGUCUGCUGCCAGCUUCCUGCAGAUGACAGACAUUGUGCAGGCAUGCCAUGACUUCAUCAAGGCCGCCCUGGACAUCAGCAUCAAGGCCGAUGCCUCUGACGAGCUCACCGACUUCGAGAUGAGCGCCCCCUCCAACAGCAGUGCCGACGCUCUCAUUUCCGCCGUAAUGGCUGGCCGGAGCAUCUCCCCGUGGUUGGCUCGGCGCACGAGUCCCGCCAACUCCUCCGGGGACUCAGCCAUUGCCAGCUGCCAUGAAGGUGGGAGCAGCUAUGGCAAAGAGGACCCAGAGCCCAGGGCCGACGGUCAGGAUGACAUGUCUGCCCCACCGCUGUGGCCAGGGGACAUGGGCUACAUGCCUCUGCGGGUCAAGGAGGAGCAGGUGUCACCGUCUCAUUACGAAGGCACUGAGCUACCCUUGGGCAAGGAUGGGGCACUGCAGGGCACCUUCUCAGAGCAGGGCAGUGGGGACAGCUGGCAGCCCACGGGUCGCAGGAAGAACCGGAAGAACAAGGAGACCGUCCGCCACAUCACGCAGCAGGUGGAGGCCGACAGCCGGGCUGGCUCGCCGGUGCCCUCCUUCUUGCCCACCUCAGGCUGGCCAUUCAGCAGCCGUGACACAAAUGCUGACCUGACCUUGACCGAAGCCAGCAGCUCGGACAUCCGAGAGGAGAGGACUGAGCUGUUUGCACAUGCAGAAGAAAGCCUCCUGGCGGGGGAGGCUAGCUACCUGGGUCCACCCCUGACUCCCGAGAAGGACGAGGCACUGCACCAGGCUGCAACUGUGGCUAACCUGCGGGCAGCGCUCAUGAGCAAGAACAGUCUGCUGUCCCUUAAGGCUGACAUGCUGGGUGAUGACAGCUCCCUGCUUUUUGAAUACCUGCCCAAGGGCACACACUCCUUGUCCCUGAACGAGUUCACAGUGAUCAGGAAGAAGUUCAAGUGUCCGUACUGCAGCUUCUCAGCCAUGCAUCAGUGCAUCCUCAAGCGGCACAUGCGUUCACACACGGGCGAGCGGCCGUACCCCUGCGAGAUCUGCGGCAAGAAAUUCACACGGCGCGAGCACAUGAAGCGGCACACGCUGGUGCACAGCAAAGACAAGAAGUACGUAUGCAAAGUGUGCAACCGUGUGUUCAUGUCAGCAGCCAGCGUGGGCAUUAAGCAUGGUUCGAGGCGUCAUGGUGUGUGUGCUGACUGUGUGGGUCGAGGUGUGGCCGGAGCCCUGGACCAUGGGGGCGGCGAGGGCUCCCCGGAGGCGCUGUUCCCCGGCGACGGGCCCUAUCUGGAGGACACUGAUGACCCCCGUGGGGAGGUCGAGGAAGAGCUGGACGAGGAUGGAGGCCUGGCCCCUGAGGAUGCACUGCUUGGGGAUGAGAAGGACGAGGGGGACUCACCCCGCAGCCCCUCGGGGGAACCUGAUGAGGACUUGGCCUGGGUCUCCUAG